AUGCAGUGAAAACGCGGAGCGGCCGUGCGGUUGUCGUUGAUCGUUUUUGGGUAACGGGAGCGAAUUGAUAGGGACCAACAGCCAGUAGCUCCAAUACGGUGCUUUAAUUGGUUUACUGGCCAUACGCGUUGCGCCAAGAGUGUGUGUCUCUGUGUGUUUCGGGAGGGUAAAUCUGUGCGAUUCUUUCGUGGAUUACUCACCGUCCAUCUCCCCCCGUCAUCGUUUGCUGCCAUGGUGCGUGUGCGUAAAGUAACGUUCGUGGUACUGUAGCGCGAGUAAAUUCAUUCCCUAGAGCCCUCAUAAAGAAACAGCAAAACCCCGAAUAAACAACCAUUGCUCGAUAAGAACGAGCAGCAGCCAAGUCUUCUUGUUAUUGUCCGCGAAACGUCGUCUGUAGCUGUGAAGAUUGUGUGUGUGUGAGUUUUUUUCCUCACUGGUCGGCAGAUUCAACGUUUCGUGAGUCUCUUCGACAGCCCUUACCGCACGCUUUAUUAACGUAUCCGCAACAAAACCGUCAUCGAGCAAAAGAACCUGCAUCCAACUCCCCUCCCGUCUGUGUCUGUGUGAGUGCGCGUGUGACACACACCCAGUGUGGACGAUUUAGUACAUAAAUUAGCCCGCAUUAAUCACCCCCAAUCGAUCGAUACAUUCCGCCGACCAUUUGGACCCUGCUCGUCCAUCGAAGACUCGUGUGACGUUGUUCAAGAUAUUAACGCAACAAUGGAGCUGAAACCGCCGGAGACGUUGUCCUAGUAAUAGUAGUUCCUUUCCGUACCAGUCGGUGUUAUCGCGCAAUGUUCCUUUAAACGCAAUCAACCUGUUUGCAAAUUUGCUUGUUCUCUUAAGUUGCCGCACUGUGUCUUACUUUCUUAUGUUGCCUGUCGUCUAACACCCGUGCGUGUGCGUGCGUACGUGUGUGUGUGUCACGAGAGGUCUCGUGAAUCGUGAUACAGAGCAAUAGCGGUGUAAUCAGCGACGUACCAACAAUACAGUGUGCACGAGCCAAGUUGGGAAAACAAAGUAAGGAAUUAGUGGUGUUCCUUCUUCUUCGUACGUGUACGCGCGCGCAUCGGUACAGCACGCGACGCUCAACCCCGAUUAUGGCCCGGUCGGGAAGAUGGGAAAUGUUAAAAAUAAUUGCACACCUUACGGUAGUUCUGCUGUUUUGCGACACCUGGCGCACGGCCGAGGGUAAGGUAGUCCCGGGCGGCUUCAACCGCGACCGGCAUGCAUCCCCGGAAAUGCAACGGAACGAUGACAUCGUCAUUCCGCGCGUUGAGAUAGCUCGGGUCAUGUCCGACAUUGCCGGGGACAAAUUGGUGCUGUAUACCGAGGAUAUUGUAGGGCGGACGUUUAUCGUCGAUCGGCGCCGGAUGGAGUGUCAUGAGCAGGUGCACGUGUACGAAUCCUUUCUGCCGCUCGAGCCGGUGGCGAAGGAGGACGAGGAGUACUUAAGACAGGCGAAGAUUUUGUGCUGGUCUGCCCAGGGAUCACCGAUGGAGGUCGCAAUGCAGGAGGGGGCUGGCGUGCUAGAAAAUCAUGCAAAUCAACUGAUGCAUAGCAGGGCGGCUGUACGCAACAGACGCAACAUUGAUCGGGAGAGUGAAGGGAGCAAAAUAAAUACAUUCAACAGUGUACAAACCGCGACAAACAACGAGGAGGUACUUCGCAUCGAAGGGUUUCGGAUCGAGCAAGCAGAAAUAACACCCGAAAUGGAAGAAAACGGUGUGUCGUCGGUGCGCGUGAACUCACCGGUUACGUUGCGCCUGUUCGGAACGGGGAUCAGGCGUAAUACCGUCAUCAUAUUCACGCACGAACCGUCCCGUUACCUAGGUUCGUGCCAGGUGCCGGUCACGGAGAAAUUUCACGUGAAAGAAGCGGAAGCUAGCGGUAGGAGCGGGCUGGUGGAGAUCGAGCUGCCGGAAGUGAUCAAGCAAAAGAAGUACUUCUACAUUUGCGCCAAGUACGAAAAAACCGACCCGUUGGAAGGAUCGGAAGAAACUGAAAAGGAAGCUGUAAAGGAUACGCCCUUUCUUCAUCAGGGAGUGGAUUCGUGGAUGCGUUUGACGAGCCAUACAUCGAUGCUACCGCUAUGGCUGUCGAUCAGCGUCAUAUGUGUUUGCCUCAUGUUUUCGGCCCUUUUCUCCGGGCUCAAUCUAGGUCUGAUGUCCUUGGAUCGAACCGACUUGAAGAUCCUCUGCAACACGGGCAGCGACACGGAGAAGAAAUACGCAAAUGCAAUCAAGCCGAUACGCGAUCACGGCAACUUUUUGCUGUGCAGCAUCCUGCUCGGCAACGUGCUAGUCAACUCGACGUUUACCAUUCUACUGGACGGUCUUACUUCGGGCCUGUUUGCCGUCAUUGGUUCCACGGUGGCAAUUGUGAUUUUCGGUGAAAUCAUUCCGCAGGCCAUCUGCUCGCGACACGGGCUGGCCGUUGGAGCCCGAACGAUCGCGAUUACGAAGGCGGUGAUGGUGAUUACAGCUCCACUGUCCUUCCCUAUCUCAAAGAUACUUGAUUUCGUUUUGGGCGAGGAAAUUGGCAAUUUCUACGAUCGUGAGCGUCUGAAAGAGUUGGUUAAGGUUACCAACGACGUAAACGAUUUGGAUAAGGAUGAAGUUAAAGUGAUUGCCGGUGUGCUCGAGCUGCGCAAGAAAACGGUCAAGGAUGUGAUGACACGGCUGGAGGAUGCGUACAUGCUGCCAAUUGAUGCGGUACUAGAUUUUGUUACCAUCGCCGAUAUCAUGAAGUCAGGAUUUUCACGUAUUCCCGUGCAUGAUGGAGAUGAGCGAGCAGACAUAAUCUCAAUUCUACACAUCAAAGAUCUGGCGUUCAUCGAUCCGGACGAUAACGUACCGGUGCGCCGAAUGUGCGAGUUUUACCGCAAUUCGAUACACUUCGUGUUCUACGAUCAGACGCUCGAUGUAAUGUUCAAGGAGUUCAAGUCGGGCACCUUCGGACACAUGGCAUUCGUGCAACGGGUGAAUUCGGAUGGUGACGGUGAUCCGUUCUACGAAACCCUCGGUCUAAUUACGCUCGAGGACGUGAUUGAAGAGUUGAUUCAGGCGGAAAUUGUUGACGAAACGGACGUUUUUACGGACAAUAGAAGCAAGAUUCGGCGCGAGCGUAUCAAGCGAACGGACAUUCCCACGUUCGUGGAUCGUGCUAUCGAUGCGGACACGCAGGGUUUGCGCAUUGGGCCGCAACUGAUGUUCGCUACGUAUCAGUACAUAUCGACCGCGGUGUCGGCGUUUAAACGUGAUUGCAUCUCCGAACCGAUUCUGCGACGCUUGCUGAAUCAGGACAUUUUCCAUCAAAUCAGGAUCAAGAGUAAGGAUCGCAAUGAACGCAUUACUAUUAUCAAUUGCGGUACUCCGAUGGACUAUUUCGUGCUGAUACUGGAGGGACGGGUCGAGGUGAUCGUUGGCAAGGAAAACCUUUUGUUCGAAAGCGGUCCAUUCACUCACUUUGGACUGCAAGCGAUUGCACAAAACGCUAGCGGUGAUACGUCGGCCAAUACACCGCAGGAAAUUAUGGGAUCGCUUGAAUCUAUCGCCCAGGAUGCUGCCUCGCGAAAUCAAUUCAUCCCGGACUACACGGUAAAGGCGAUCACCGAUGUGGUGUAUUUGCAGAUUUCACGCAUCCGCUAUCUGGCGGCCAAGCGUGCCACGCUGCUGGAACGCUCGCAAAAGCUGGGUGACCAAUCAAUGGAUCCGAUCGAUCCAGAGGUGGAACAGCUGAUGCAUUCGCUCGACAAAGGUGACCAGAACAGUAUAACGCCUGAUGCCACAAACCUGACCGUCAAUUCCGGAGCAAAGGCUAGCAAAUCAUCCAGCAACGUUGCCUCGCCUACGGCUUUAAAUGACCUUACUAACAAUACGAAUUCCUCUGUGACUCGCAACCAUACAGUAUUAGUGCACGACAAUUCUUCCAGUGCCGCUGCUGCCAACGAGUUUAACAUAGGAGCAUCGUCCAGCUAUGCAAAAGACAUGGCUGUCGCUGGGGACCCCGGAGCGGAUCCCAGCAGUAUCCCGCUGCUGCCAAAGCCAUAACCCUCGGUGUACCUCAUCGUACUGUACUACCACCCUACCGUGUACAGUACCGUCAGCACAUCCGCCCAUGCAUGAACUCCAACAUCAAAAUCAUCAUCAUCAGCGACACCACAACCCGAACCACUUGAUCGAUGUCGAUAGGAGUUUAACGUCCGAUUGUUGGAUGUCGUGCUAGCUGCACCGCUCGUACGCGUUCCGAUUUACUUCCACUUUCACUUGGAUCCCUAUUAUUACUACUUGUCCUAUAUAGAUAUUUACUAUUAUUAGGAGAAAAAAAUAAUACGUUACCAAGCGUUUACCAGGGGUUUGUGCUAAUAGCAAUCCGGUUGCAUUUUGUUUUAAACAUACUGUAUGCACCAAACCACGUGCAGAAUAUUGAUGAUACACGAUAGAAGUUAGUUGAGAUUUGUUGAGCUGUUGAUUGUGGACAUUGUUGUUUGUAACGAGUGUAGAUUAUUAUUAGAAUUAUCCAUUUUCCGUUGACGUUUGGGCAGUGUGCCAAAACUCACCCCUCCACCACCCUCCAACGUUCCCGAUGACGGAGAAAGUCUUAGACAAAACGCGAAACCUGUUCAGGGUUGGUUGGAUAGAGAUGCUGGCAGGAAGCAUUCAAUAGGGCACUAGUAAUCAGAUUCCUUCAAACAGAUAAUCUACACCUGAGCGUACAAAAGAGCGUGCCUGUUAUUCCCGAGCGCUCCAUCAAAGCGGAGCUGGGGCGCGUAAGAUAGCGAUCGUACAAGCGAAACCCGUGCAUACAGGCUCUAUUGAAGUCGACAUGCAUCGAAAGACGAGACCGGUAUGAGCAGAACAAACAGAAACAAAAAGCACCGUGUGCUAUAUUUAUCCUAGGACGAGCAUUCGUGCGUGAUGUACUUACGAUACGGCACGGGCGCAUUGUGUUUGUCUGUAGCAUUGUAUCCCAAAAAGUGAAACCAAAAGUAAUGAGAGCUCGUGCAUUGUAAUAGUGCGAGAUAUAUAGCAAUACGAAUGUAUAAGUAGUAUGAACAUUGGACGAAAUAAUGACGCAGGAAGUGAUCGUGAAGGGUAGUGCUAAACGCUGUACGAUAUAACAUGGAACACGAAGCUAGAAUUAGGUAAAUGACAUCGAGGAGGGCGAACAAAGGAGGAGGGUGUGUUGUCACCGGGGUAGGCAGGGUGGCCGAAUCAAAAAACACCCACAGGGCACCAAGAGUGGUUUUGUUUCAGUGUUCUACCACACCACAUUGUUUUGUGCUUUUUUGUUAUCGAUUGGUAGAAAGCAACAGGGAAUCAAAUAGAGACCCCCCGUACUCCGGCACCGUACGAACGGGGUCCGGCACAGGUAUAGUUGUAGAUGCAGCGUGUGUUUGUGCAUAUAGCGAAGCGAAUUUCGCAAACAAUUAUUUUUUACACUUCUCGUAGAUGAAAACGAAUUCCGCGGAGAAUAUAUAGGUGCGCCUUUCUAUAUAAUA